AUGGCACUGGAAAACGAAACCAACCUAGAGUCCGAAAAUGAAAUGAAUGUUCAACCUCCAGAAAUUCAUGUUGAAGAUAUAAAUGCCUUGCUGGCUUCUAAUCCAUCGGAGCCUUUCGAUCCAGAACUACUAUCAAAACUUCCUGCCAUGACUUCAGACCAACUCUCUCAGUUGGAAGAGGUUCUCUCCAGCGAGUUUACUUCGCUAUCCAAAAAAUUCUUAGUUGCUCGACAAGUGAGAGUCGAAAAUAUGCUUGCCGCUAUUGAUCAGCAAAUAAAGCUGUGCCAAGCUAACGACGAGCAGUGGACCCAGAAAUACAACCAUGAGAUCGGAGUAAUCGAAAGACUAGCCAACAACACAGAGGACCAUGUGAUUGCUGGCACGAAAGGUUCGGGUCCCCAAAAGCUGUACAUCUCGCCUGAAAAUUUUGAUUCUAAUGUUUCCAACUUGAUGUCGAAUCUAGUUCUGCCCAUGGACUUGGAUGACAUCUUCAACGAAAGAGGUGACGAACUUCCAUUUUCUCCCCAAUUUAAAAAAAUCAUCCAGCAGUUCAGAGACCAGCUAGAUGCUCUGAAAAAUCAGAAAAGCUACCAGGAAGAUUUGGUGGACGCAAACACAGAAAAGAAUAGAGGAAUUCUCUGGAAACAGUAUAAGCGAGAUGCCCAGGAACGACGCCAACAGCUUAUUGACCAGACUUACCUGGAACUCAAUGAGCUAUAUAAGGAGUAUUAUGGAGUGGCGGACAACAAAAUGGCUAAUUUGGAAGCAUCUCAAUACUAUAGAUCGGUGGUUAGCGUUGAUGACAUGAAAAAUGGGCAUGAAGGACAAGUUGGCCGAUUUGCGCCUGGAAACAUCGACUCAUACUACGACGUCGAUGCCCCCUACUAUAAGAAUAAUCGUAUUGAGGCAACAGAUGCCAGAGUAGUGGCACUCUAUCGUCUCCACCAAUUUGAAGCCGAGCAGAGGAAAUACACCAUUCCACAAUUAGACGAAGCCAAUGUCAAACUCAGUGGUUUGCAAGGAUUGACUCAGGAAGAAACAGACUUGGAUCUUCUAGUUUUGCGAGCAAAUAUUCAAGCAUGUGACCCUGGUCCAAAGAAUAACUCUUCCGUGAAUGAUACAUUCAACUCAGAGUUUCAGACGGUCCUAGAUACGGAUCGGCUCCCAUCUCAAGUGGAGAUGGAGCCAAUACAGCUAGAUACUGCGGCCAACGCUGAAAAAUAA